AUGCAAUAAGGUUCAUACAUUUACAAUAGUCCUCUUGGAUAAUUAGAUGAUUUUAGGAAAGAAGUUAGAGCAAAAAUUAAUCAUAAACAUGAGUAACCUAAGCAGUUCUCUUUUUAAUAAAAUAAUACAUCUACCAUUUAACAAUUACUUAGAUAGAGCAUCCCUUCUAAAUAAAAUAAUGAACUAAAUAAAUCUCAAGAAUCUUCACUUUCUUUACAUUAAAAAUCUGGCAGAUUAUCUUUUCAAAGAUCUAGUCUUGAUUUAGGAAAACCAACUUAAAAGUAUCCUUAUAACAAUAAUUUAGCAUUCUUUAUCCAAAAAUAUAAUUAUAAGACAUUUUACCUUUAAAUAAAAUUCUUGAAUUGUAACGAGCUAUGAAUAAUUACGAUUAUCCUACAAACAAUAAGUAUUCAUUGUUUUCAAAAUUUAGUUAUUUUAUAGAACUUAAAAAACUAGCUAAAAUUGUAUUAAGGGAGACUUAAGGAUGA